AUGGCAUUCAUUUGGGUGGUCAUCCUCUCGCUGCUUCUCGCUGUCGACGCAAGCCUAGUCGCGAACUACCCGGUGAAUGCACAGCUGCCGCCUGUUGCAAGGGUAUCACAGCCUUUUCGCUUUACCUAUUCACAAGGAACAUUCGGUGGUGUCGAUGCGAAUACAAAAUAUUCGCUGAAGAGUGCUCCUCCAUGGCUUCAGCUAGAUAGUGCAAGUCGGACCUUAUCUGGUACCCCUCGAAGUCAGGAUACUGGUCCGAACAAAUUCGAGCUUGUCGCCUCUAAUGGGCCGGAGUCAGUCGGCAUGCAGGUCACUUUCAUUGUAACAUCGGAGGAUGGGCCAGAACCGGGGAAACCAUUGCUACCACAACUCGAAGCAAUCGGAGCCACAUCAGCACCUUCGACGAUUUUUGUACAUUCUGGUGAUUCAUUUGUGAUGUCCUUUAGCCCCGAUACAUUUUCAAACACCCGCGCAUCGACCUUCUACUAUGGCACCUCUCCCGAAAAUGCUCCUCUGCCGUCCUGGAUUCGGUUCGACCAGUCGAAUCUCGAGUUCUCUGGCACUACUCCCAACACCGGGCCCCAGACUUUCAAAUUCAAUCUUGUCGCUUCAGAUAUCGCCGGCUUUAGUGCAGCUACCAUGAGCUUCGAGAUGACUGUCAGUCCGCACAUUCUUUCAUUCAACCAAAGCGCCCAAACUCUGUUCCUCCCUAAAGGACAGCGGUUCAGUAGCCCCCACUUCCGUGACAUCUUGACCCUAGAUGGAAGACAGCCAGGAAGUGCUGAAGUGGCUUCCAUCGAGGCCGACUCUCCGAAGUGGUCGACAUUCGAAAAGGAUACUAUUUCACUCAGUGGAACUCCACCAGCAGAUGCAGUCAACGAGAAUGUAACGAUUUCCGUGACAGAUACUUAUGGAGAUGUUGCUCGAAUGAUCGUCACUCUACAGUACUCGCAUUUCUUCACAGGCCGCAUGACCGAGUGCAAUGCAGUGGUGGGCGAUGACUUCACGUUGGUCUUCAACAACUCUAUCCUAAUAGAUGACUCUGUCCAACUGGAAGUGGAUUUGGGUCGGCAAUUGCCAUGGUUGCGAUACAACCCUGACAAUAAGACGCUCUACGGGCGAGUCCCCUUGGAUACUCGCAUCGGGAGUUUCCCUAUCACAUUGACCGCCCGCAAAGAGGCUGCCAAAGACAGCGAACAGUUCACUAUCAAUGUGCGAGCAGAUCAUCUGGGCGAGAGGACCGCAAACUCUGCAGACUCGGACCAGAGUGGUGGGGGAAUUCACGGCAAGAAAGCUGGGAUAAUCGCAAUCUCGGUGAUCAUCCCUUUUGUGUUUGUAACGAGCCUCUUUCUUCUCUUCUGUUGUUGGAGACACAAACGGAGAGCAGGAGCUUCCGCGCACGAAGAAGGGGGCGCGCCAAACGAGAAAGACCCUGGCCUCCCUCCUCCGAAUCUCCCACAGUGCCAACCAUAUGAACACACUACAGCCGGUGACGUGCCGAUUAUAUUCAGGAGCCCGUCGCCAUCAUCCAAGCCACCCAAGUUGGAAUUGAGGUCAUUGUGGAGCGGAAACUCAUCGGGAAACGAUAAACAACCUUACGCGCUUGAUUCGGAAGAUAAGGAGAACGCCCUACCGCAUUCAACAAUUGAAUGGGAUUUCGCUCCACUGACGCGCGAUGGACCCCAAGAAGAGAAACGGGUAAAUGAUGCUGUUGCACAAAGCAAACGUCUCUCGUUACAAAGCAGUCCCUCGUUGAGUCGCCGAGCAACAGCGAAUUCUAGAAAGCGGGAGCCUCUCAAAAGCAUUCAGCCAAGACGGUCGCUGAAGCGGAACUCCGUAGCUUCAUCCCGCUCCAGGCGAUAUUCGCGGCGAUCGAGUGGUAUCUCAUCCGUUGCUUCGGGAUUACCGGUUAGGCUCAGUGGCGCAGGGCACGGGGCCGGCGGAUUUGGACCCCCAGGGCAUGGAAUGGUCCGCAUUUCGUGGCAGAACACGCAUGUGUCAUUUCAGAGCGAUGAGAGCAGCGUUGGAAAUCUAGCUCCGCUAUUUCUUCGGCCUCCUCCCCGCGGAAGAAACAGCGUAGAAUUCCGAGGGUUGGACUACCCCAAACAGGUCAGCGUACGCGCAGUGGAGCCUGAUAGCCCAAAUCUCUCAGAGUCCGAUUCCCUGGAGGCGUUUGUUCAUUAUCGAGCAAAGAGCAGAAAUUCUUCCAAUCCCCUGUUCUCGGGACAGUUUAAUCGCCGGACAUCUUCUGGUCUGCGCGCCCUGGAACGGGCCCGCAGUACCGCUAGUCGCGCCGAUACCGUGUCGAGUUCCGUAUACAACGAUGGCUAUCGGCAAUCUUACAUUCGAGAACGCCCGGGCUCAACGGCGAUGUCAGCAAUAUCUGCCUCGGUCUACACGGACGACAACCGAAACUCCGCUUUCAUGUCAAACUUGGGUCAAGAUUCGCUCAGCAGUCGAUAUCGCGCCCCGCUGGCCAAAAAGCAAAGCCAAUCGAGCCUUGCACAGAACUAUUCCAAGAUCAUUGCACCCCUCCCGCGGUGCUUCAGCGAGACAAGCUUGAGUAGUGCUCGACGGCACGGAGCUGGAGACCUGACUGGGGGUUCAGACGAUUCACCAGACGUUUACGAAGAUCAUCAGGGAAAUCAGCGUCUGUGGUAUCGGGGCAAUCCCUAUCUACAAGGAGAGUCUGGCACACGCAGGUGUUCACUGCGGAAAAGUCCUUCAACCCUGUCAGUCCCGGUUGAAGGUACAGCACGGCGGGUGAGCCUGGUGCGAUUCGCGGAGAUGGACAAUGAUGGCGAUGGCGAUGUGGUUAUGAAGGAAGCGGAUGACCAACGAUGGAGGCCGCGCCAGCCUCUCAGCACAGAACACCGCGGGAAUUGUUUGCCGCGAGAGGUUACAGGGAGCGUAAAAAGUGACAUUGCAUUUGUGUAG